ACUCGGUCCCGUCCUGUCCCGUUGCUGUGGCAGACAGGGCUCCCCGGGUUCCAUCCGUUCUCCUUUGGCUUCUGCCCAGCCACAGGCUUGCAGCCUGGCUAGCAGGGGAUAAAACAGGAAGUCUGACGGCUUCAGCCGGCUGCGGGACCCCAGAGUGUUUUCCCACUCUGCGUCCUGGCCUGGUUCCCCAGAAGUACAAACACACGCACAGAGCCCCAUUGUUGCCGCCUUCCCGGCCCACUGAUCCUAAUAUGGAAUGCAGCAGGAAGCCCACGAUUUCCUGACGCUCGGCAAGCCGGAGGAAGCGAGGGGGGAAACUCCGUUUAAAAGCCCUGCUCUCCUCCAUGUUAGCUGUGUGGUGGAAAACCAGGCAGGAGUUAUCCAAAUCCCACCGUGUCAUCAGCCAGGCUGGGGAUGGGGAGGGCAGAGUGAGACUCUCACAGGCUGCUGAAAUUUCGAGACUGCCAGGAAGUCCCGGCAAGUCUGUGCAAAUGAGAACGCCUUAACUCCAGCCACUGGGGGAAAAGGGACAGACCUUUGUCAUCCCUCCUGCCAAGAGUGUGCUACCUUUCUCUUCCAGCAUGGUGAGCGGCGGGGCUUGUGUGUGUCUGGGCCGUGCCUGGGCGAGCCAGCCCAGCCACCGUCAGGCCGCCUGAGCUCCAGCCUGGGGCCGGUCCCACCGCUCCAUGCGCUGCAGAAGCCCCAGCCGCAGCAGCAGCAGCAGCAGCAGCAGCAGCAGCAGCAGCUGGAGCCGCCAACAUGAGCUACAGAGAGGGCACUGACAGCAGCUGCGGCUGCGGUGGGCGCGACGAGAACAGGAUCCUCAAGUGCGUGGUGGUCGGGGACGGCGCGGUGGGGAAGACCUGCCUGCUGAUGAGCUACGCCAACGACGCCUUCCCGGAGGAGUACGUGCCCACUGUGUUUGACCACUAUGCAGUUACCGUGACGGUGGGAGGCAAGCAGCAUUUGCUUGGACUGUACGACACCGCAGGACAGGAGGAUUACAACCAGCUGCGGCCACUAUCCUACCCCAACACUGACGUGUUUCUCAUCUGCUUCUCUGUCGUAAACCCUGCCUCUUAUCACAACGUCCAGGAGGAGUGGGUCCCGGAACUGAAGGACUGCAUGCCUCACGUGCCUUACGUCCUCAUUGGGACCCAGAUUGAUCUCCGGGAUGACCCCAAAACCUUGGCACGUCUCUUGUACAUGAAGGAGAAGCCCCUCACCUACGAGCAUGGUGUGAAGCUGGCAAAAGCGAUUGGAGCACAGUGCUACUUGGAAUGUUCCGCCCUGACGCAGAAGGGUCUCAAAGCGGUUUUUGAUGAAGCCAUCCUCACUAUUUUCCACCCCAAGAAGAAAAAGAAAGGCUGUUCGGAAUGCCACAGCUGCUGUGCAAUUAUCUGAAGUUGCCUGAGACCUGUCUACCUGCCAUCCAAGGGUGUGAAGAGCAGCCAGUCUCUGGGACCCACCUCUAGCCAAAAGGGAGGGUAUGACCAGAAAGGAAUCCCUGCAUCCCGAAGGCCUGUCCCUCUGCUCUGCCAGCUUCCCAGCUCAGCAUCCUGUCACCACUGCCUCCUCCCCAGGCUGGAGCACCCACACUGCGCGUGGAGAACGCUGAGCCACAUUCAGACAAUGCGCUGGGGAGGUGUUGGAAGCAAGUCACAACUGUCCUGUAUUUCACAUCUCCCCUUCCACGGAUGUGAGCCAACGGGAAGUCAUGCUGGAAAACUAAGCACUCUGUCCUGCAGUGGGGGCCUUACUUCCUGUGUUUGCCAACUUGGGAAUACAAUGCCGACAUUUUUCCCGAGACUGUUGUUUCAGCCAAGUGUCUUAACAUUUGUUUCUAUUACAGUUUCCUGAGGUCCAGUCAUUUGAGCCUCGCUAGUCCGUAUCAAAAUAGUUCAAAGACAAGCUGGAUUAUGCUCACUCUUAUUGACAGUGGGUCUCUGUCAAUGUCCUUAGAGCCAACAUGUACCUCUGAAUGCCUGAUUACAAAACAAAAGCAAAAACAAAAACAAAAAAACUUUACAACUUUUAUAAACUGUCAGACCUCUAAUUUUUUAGCCUUUUUAAAAGAAAACAUCCUGUGAAUUAUUACACCUUCCCCAGUUUUGCCAAAGAUCCAUCCUACAAAUGCUUCAGGUGAUAGGGGGCCUGGCCCUUGCAAACAUCUACUGCCGUUCAACCUGAAAAUGGACAGUCUUUGAAGAAAGGAAUCGAUUUCUGCUUUUCAUCUAAUUUGGUCAGGACAAGAAUAUGGCAAAAGCCAUCUUCCUGAUCCAGCAGAGUGGGCCUGCCCCACCCCUCACAGGUCUGUGCCUUCCCUCCAGUCUCACUUUCUCCUGUACCCAGGAGAAACUGGGGAACACUGUGUUCCCCAGUCACAGCCUGGGGAAAAAGAAAAAGACCUUAAAAGAAAAUGGUGGGGGGGGGGCUCUGGACACCAGACAUGAAAAAUGUGUCCCAGAAUCCUUCAGGGUCAAAGUGCCUUAACUCUUCUACUUGCUUCAGCUGAAAGUACUACUUGGCUUGCCCAUGUUAAGCUUCGGUUCAGGACAGUUUCCAGUUGCAGCCAGUGCGAAAAUUAUUGCCUCUCUCCCUCUUUCCUUAACUCCUUCUCCCAAAUGUCCAUGGAGGAUAAGCUGAAGUGGAUCCCAUUCCAGGCUGAGGCACUGCACCUAAUGAGGAGUUUGUUCCUGAGCAGGAAAAGCUCCCAGUGAGAAAUCCUGCACCUUUCAACGUGACGAUUCCCAAACAGCCAGGGACUCUCUGUGUUUUAAUUAGAGGCUGUGAUUGACCCUGAUUAGUCUUAUUUGCUUACAAAUGCCCUGGAAUUACCCAGGGAAGCUGAUUUCUCCUUUUUUUUUUCUUUAUUGCAUCAGUAAAUCAUAUCUUAGCAAUAUGAAAUUAUUUCACUUUUUCUGGAUUGAAGCUCCAUCUGUUGGGAAAAGCAUCCCAAUCUUUCUAGUCUUUUCUGCUCAUAAAGGAACCACAGAAGAGAAUUGUAUGAUAUGGGUCUUCUUAAGACCUUCCAUGACACCCCUUCAGUCUUUGGGGGUUUGUUUGUUUGUCUGUUGUUUAGAAUUUCUGAAAUGUAUUUUUGCUUCCUCUA